AUCUUCGUAGCAAACAGUUUCCAAUAAUUUUUGUGAGUUCUGACCAAAAAAUUAAAAUCGUCUCGUGUAAUAUUUUAAAGUGCAAAAUUUAUUAUUUAAAUUUAUGUUGGAUUUAAAAUAAAAUUAUUGUAUAGGUGGUGAAACCUAGUGAAGUGAUUUAUACCCGUGAAAAAUGUAAAAAAAAUGAGUCCCAUUUUACAAGCAUAUAAAAUUAAAUAAAAAAUACCGUUGGGGGUGAUGGAUGAUGAGGAGGCCGAUUUGCGUGAACAAAUAUUUCACAACAAUGUUCGGGAGCAAAUCAUAUUCCUCCUUCUAUUCAUUUUGUUGUACCUUUUCUCGUUCAUGUUAAUCGAGAAAUUUAGACGUCGAGACAGUGAAGAUUACUUUACAGCAGAUGAAGAUGAGGUCAAGGUUUACCGUAUCAGCCUGUGGCUCUGUACCUUUGCCUUGGCUGUAUCAUUGGGAUCAGCACUCCUGCUGCCAGUCUCAAUAGUCAGCAAUGAAGUGCUCAUUUUGUACCCAAAUAGUUAUUAUGUUAAAUGGCUAAAUAGCUCACUUAUACAGGGUUUAUGGAACCAUGUGUUUCUCUUUUCAAAUCUGUCAUUGUUUGUGUUCCUACCAUUUGCUUACUUAUUUUCUGAAUCAACUGGAUUUCCUGGAUGUCGGGGUUUGAGAGGCAGAGUAUAUGAGACAUUUAUAGUCUUGUUCCUUCUUGGGAUUGGUAUGCUUGGACUAGCAUAUGUGAUCUCAGCCUGGUUAAAAGGUGAUCGAUCUGGAAUAGAUGCAUUACUCAAUUUAUGGACAUACCUUCCAUUCUUGUAUUCUUGUGUGUCAUUCGUCGGCGUACUGAUGUUGUUAGUGUUUACGCCUUUGGGUUUCGUGAGAUUGUUCGGUGUAGUUGGAGCCGUUCUGGUGAAGCCACAGUUCCUGAGGGAUCUCAAUGAAGAAUAUUAUGUCUACUCGUUCGAAGAGGACACUAUACGAAGGCGAAUAGACAACUCCGCUAGCACAGGUGCCAGUUACAUUACCCCAGAGCCAAUGUGCCCGGGUCGAGGGGACAUAUCUGCGUCCGUGGACGUCAGUGUGUCCGAUUCCAAAGCCAAGAUUGUUGAGCCUGAUGAGAAACAGAUACCACUGCUUCGGCUCCGUAAUGGUGCUUUGCAGGCUGGUCUCAAUGAGAGAUUGCAUAGGAUUGUUGCCAUGAGGAAGGAAGUGGAGAACAAGCGAAAAACGUCUUCGCUACAACGAAACGUAGUGUACCCACUGGCUAUGUUGUUGCUCCUGGCCCUCACCACGAUUACAGUUUUAAUGGUGUUGCAGAACACGCUCGAAUUGCUCAUAGGAAUUAAGGCACUACCUCUAAGCACACGGCAAUUCACGUUAGGGAUCGCGUCUCUAUCUAAAUUAGGAUGGGCGGGAGCUACACUAGAGGCAUUCCUUAUACUAUAUCUACACGCGGCGUCGCUUACGGGGCUCUGUACCCCUAUGAGGGCGUUGAGGGUGUUACCACGGGCAAGAAGAACGCCCCUAACAAGAAUCAUAGCUCUCUGCGCUGUGUUAUUAGCGCAUUCAACGGCCCAGCCGUUGCUUGUCAAAAUACUUGGUAUAACAAACUUCGAUUUGCUCGGUGAAUUUGGUCGAAUCGAAUGGCUGGGCAGCUUCAAGCUGGUGUUGCUAUAUAACGCCAUAUUCGCAUCAACAGCCAGUCUUUGUCUCAUCAACAAAUUCACGGCCAGCGUUCGAAGGGAACUAUACAACAGAUUUAAAUGGAUCACUGACUUUUUUACUGCACCUGAGACUCAAUUGCACAGAGCCUCUAGUACUUCGAGACUGUCCAUGGAUUGGUCAGUUACUGAAAAGACUGAAACAAAUUCAGACCCAAAACCCAAAUCUGAAUAA